AUGGAACUUGUCGAAGAACAAAACAAUCAAUUUAAUCCUGAUAAAUUAGAAGUAUUAACUGUUGGCAACAAUAGCUUAUCCACUAAUGGUUUAACAGCUUUUAGUCGGUUUAUUAAUUUAAAAACAUUAGAAAUUAAUAAUUUAGAACCAAAAACAACAAAGCGAGUUAUUUAUAAUCAUUUUACUGGUUUUAAUUCAAUAUCAAAAAGUCCUCAAAAACUAUUGAAUGACCUGGCUCAAAUCAAGCAAGUCAACCGUUCUGACUUAAAAGCCUUUUUAACCCAAGACCACACUUCUUUUAGUGUCCUGUCGGUCUCCACUAAACAUAUCCAAAGCACUAACCGUAUUAGUGUUACCUUAUCUAAAAACAGUACUCAAUCUUUUUACUUAGAUAAACCCAAAAUAGCUCAGCAACAGCCUAUUUCCAAUUUAUCUAAACCAAAAGAUGAUUGCUUACAAGAUGCCCAGAAUUGCACUUACUUUCAAUUCUUUAAUAGUAAAGAAAAAAAACUCUACACUAGAUUUAAAGAUAAAGUUGAAGAAAAUUUCGAGGGAACCGAAGCACACCCAUUGUCCCCUAUUCUCAUAAAUGCACCCUCGACAAAAACUUCACCUCCUGCUGAAACUGCCGUGCCUACAUUUCUCAAUUAUGGCCUUAUGGUCGCAAGUCUUUAUCAGGAACAUGGUUUUCAGAAAAAUAAUAAAGCCUAUCACUUUUUUAAAAAUCUUUAUGACUAUGAAACUCACCCAACUUUAUUAAUCGGCAAGCACAAACUGGAUGCCGCAACCGGACAACAUUUACCUAGAAAUCAAAGAGUAUUUCGCCAUUACAACUAUCAAACCCAAGCCACUACUUACUUCUACCGUGCUAACGAGCAAUUAGUUGGGCAAGCUAGAAAGCCUUUUUCAGAUAAAAAGCAUUUUCGCUUAGGAACUCGCUCUUUAAACCCCCUAUCCCUGCUAAAUUUAGCCAGCAGAGCCACUAAAAAAGAGGCUUAUCAGUUUAAAAAACCCAAAAAACCUGCUGUUCAGCCGGAUUUUCAGGAAUUUUUAAUAACUCGUUUACUACUCUUAUGUAAAUCCGCGGAAUUUGUCCACUUACCACUUGAGCAGGAAAAAGUUCCCAAGGAAGCCGGACAGUGUAGCGACACUAUUUACACCCACUUCACCACCAAACCGGUUCUCCGUUUUACUUUUGAGCCAGUGCAAGCACCAGUAGUCAGACAAUUCAUUGCUAAACUAGAUGACUAUGCCACUGAAUUCGACAUGGAAGAAAGCCAAGACUUCUAUUCUUAUCCAGUCAGCCACGACCACCAGCACCAAACCACUCAGCAACUAGACGGUCUCUGCGGCUGUGAAAUCCGGGCUCGCAAUCAAUAUCUCGACAACUGA